AUGAGAUUACGGUUUGGGAUGAUGACCCCCACUCUACUUGAUCUGGCCGCUAUCGCCGGCCUUCGUCCACACGGUGUGAUUUAUUCAGCGGCCGACCAUCCGGAACCUUUUUUGAAGCCGGACUAUGACAAGCCCAACAAGAAUUUCAACAACUGGAUCAAGACCCACUUUGGCUACACUGAGUCAUCCUCUAGAGCUCCGAUAGGUUCAACAAAUGGUGUAUCUUACACAGAGCAUGUAGCCUUUCUUCAAGUGUGGCUAUGCAAAUUCUUGACUUGCUCAAAAUCCAGCCAAGUCACCAAGGAAGUCCAACCUUUGGCUGAAGCUCUUGCAGAUGGCCAAGCAGUGGCCUUGGGUCCUAUAUUGCCUACCUUUACAGAUGCCUUCAUGAUAUUGUUUUGCCUAAACCCAUGUCAUGCAACCCUUCAGGCCCGAUUUGGUUUUUCAACUAUGGCUCCAAGUUUACUUCUCGGAAUUGGGUCCAGCCAAUGUCACAUUACAGGAUAUUCACAGAGGUCACCUAGUGACUUAUCCAUGCGCUUAGAUCAUCAUUACUCAUAUUAUUUGGCCUUGGACCUUGCCAGCAUCCCCACACUGGAGACCAAGGAAGAACGACGAGAACUUUAG